AUGUCAAAUCGUCGUCAAAAACGAGCACAAUUACGUGCACUUGAAUGUCUUGCUUAUGCAACAACAUUAUCUUAUUUACGAGUACAAAAUGAUUAUGAUAAAGAUGCUAAAUAUAUUAUUGAACAUUUACGACCAUUAUUACAUAUAUCAACACAUAGACAUUUAGCUGAAUUAAAACGUAUUAUUAAUGAUGAAGAAUUAGAACGUUUAGAAUCAAUACAACAUAUUGGUGAAAAUAAUCUUAAACAUAAAUGGAUAGAAUUAGAAGAAAAAGAAGAUGAAGAUAAUAAAUUAAAUAAUAAUUCAACAUCAAUUAGAAAAAAAACAAAAGGAUCAUAA